AUGAUCUAUGUCGGGCGCGGCUCCAGCUCACUGCAGCUAGCUCCGUCAAAGUGGGGCAACUCGUUCCGCAUUCGGGGCGGUCGGGACCAGAACCAGGCCUUCGAGCUGCUCGCAGAGCACCUGGAGAAGUCGCCCGACCUCCUGGCCGAUUUGUCUUCACUGAGCGGCGCUCGGCUGUGUUGUCACUGCAAGGAACGCUUCAACGAUGUCCUGAUCGCGAAGUGGUUGGAGCGCUUCAACGCGCCGUCCCCCUGGAGGGCCUGGCAGGUGUACAUCUUUGACUUGGAAGUGCUGGAGAUCAUCAACUGGUGGCGCGCCAAGGCCCUUCAGGAGACGGGAAUCAGCGAGGCGGUCGAUUUAGCCCAAUUCGUGAGACGGCUGAUCUCCCUCACCCUGGCCACCUUGCAACGGCCCACAGUGACUCAGAAGUGGAUGCAGAUCCUGGCAGGCCGCUGGGCUCGGUGCCUUUUGUUGAGGCGCGAGGCGAUGAUGUGCGUCACUCACCUGUGGCGACUCUUGGUGACGAUGCGUGGCGAUGCGAAGCUGCCACGUGGAGUGCGCGAGGAGCUGGUGUCGGCCUUGACGUUGCUCCAUUCGCUUCGCUGCGACCUGCGGGUGCCAAUCAGCGGGUUGGUGACGGUCUCGGAUGCCAGUAGGCAGCAUGGCGCCGUGUGUCGAGCUGUUCGCCUUCGACAUGAUGGAGUGACCGCUGCGAGAGCGGCCAGCAGAAGGCUGGUGACUGACUUCCGCGACGAGGUGGUGCUCCUGUCCUUGCUCGACGGCAUCGGUGGGGCUCGCCGCGCCCUGGACCUUCUAGGGCUCACUCCCGCGCUGUUCUUAUCCGCCGAGAUCGACACCGAGGCGAAGCGGGUGACCAAGUAUGCGUGGCCCGACGUACUGGAAUCGGCGAGGUGGAUAUUUGUGGUGGCCAAUAGCCCUUGCAGCGACCUGGCCCGCAUCAAUGUCAAGUGUGCUGGUGAUGUCACACGCUGUCAGCGUGGCCGUCUGUGGUGGAUGAAGGAGGAGCUGUUGACGUCGCAGCAGGGCGGGACGUACUUCAUGGACACGGUGAAGCACGUCGUACUCCCUGAUGAGCCUGGACCAGUUGAACAUUGGCUGGCCGUGAGCUUCAGUGGCAGGAUGACCUCCAGAGGGACUGCCGCCUGUCCACUUUUCUGCGACGUGUUUUUCGUCGUACUCCAGGUCAGUUCCCCGCAGGACUCGACAGAUGUGCAGGUCAUGAACUCGAACGUUGGCGCGAGUUCAUCUACCGCUACGCGCCCCUUUUUCAGGACGGCGACUGCAGCAGGCUAUCUGUCCAAGAUCCCCUCCGUCAGGCAGAUGCGUGAGACUGGAGGUGGUGCCACCGUCGCCGUCGCCACCGUCAGCACAGACCAGGGAACCGCCAGUCGGCAGAGCAGCACUGAUGCUCUAACGGGCUUCCGCAUACUCACUGCUACCGUGAUCGUUCUGGAGCACACUGGUUUGAGGUUGCUGGUCAAUGGUGCAUCUUUGUUCCUUCUGCUAAGUGGGGGUGUCAUUAGCCUGACGCGCCGUAAGGAACCAGGACAGUUGAAAGCGCCUUUCUCUUCGGCUAAAGAAGUUGUCACUUUCAUAUUCCUUCGCUGGAUGCGCGUUGUACCUCUGUAUUGGUUUUGCCUCGCAGUCUAUGAGACCGACGCGGCGAAGGUCACGCACGACGAUUUUGACUUCCUUGCGCCGUUGAGGCCCGCCCCGGGCCCUGGCCCGCGGUGGCACGGCCUAGGCCCGCGGGGGCACUCCGGCCGGCCGGCCCUCGCGCUCCCCGUGAACGUCCCCGAAGUGCUCGCGGAGGUGCAGCGCGAGUACGACCGUUACGAGCGCGCCCUCUGCGCGAACGACGUGCGCGAGCUCGACGCGCUGUUCCUCGACAGCCCCGAGACCGUGCGCUACGGCACCGCCGAGAACCUGUACGGGUACGAGGCCAUCAGCGGCUUCCGCGCAGCGAGGGCACCACCUGGCGACCGCCGCGUUCUGCGCGCGCAGGUUACGACCUACGGCCAGGACAUGGCGGUUACCAAUUGCGAGUUCCAGCGCGAUGGUUCCGACAGGGUCGGUCGCCAGUCGCAGGUCUGGCUGCGCACCCCCGCUGGCUGGCGGGUCGCAUCCGCGCACGUCUCUUUCAUGCACGAGGCCUGA